GGCCUGUGUAAGUGCACUGCACCGCAGCAGGGGGCGAGGCUGCAAGGGGACACGGCCUGGGAUGUAGGCAGUCCUAUAAACCAGCCUUGUGUCUUUGGACACGUUCCGCACUGGUCUGUAGUCUGUGGUCUGUAGUCCGUGGUCUGUGGUCUGUAGUCCGUGGUCUGUAGUCCGUGGUCUGUGGUCUGUAGUCCGUGGUCUGUGGUCUGUAGUCCGUGGUCGCGACAGGAGCUGGAAAGGUGGAUAAAUGUCUUGGCUUUGGACCGACCUGUUCUCUCACCCCGUGUGGGCAGUCUCUGCGGUGGUGCUGGGGCUCGUGGUGCGGUCCCAGCGGAGGGGCUCCUGGGAUCCGCGCACCUGCACCGUGCAGCUGAGGGGGAAAACUGCCAUCGUCACGGGGGGCAAUACAGGCAUAGGGAAGUUCAUUGCACUGGACUUUGCACAACGCGGGGCCCGUGUUAUCUUGGCUUGUCGCAACGAGGCACGAGGAAAUGCAGCUCUGAAAGAGAUACAAGAAAGAACGGGCAACACCAAUGUUCAUUUGCGUCUGCUGGACACAUCCUCUCUGGAAUCCAUCAGGGCAUUUGCUGAUAAGAUCAUCAAGGAGGAAAAGGCUCUCCAUAUUCUUGUUAACAAUGCUGGUGUAUCAGGACUGCCAAGGGGGAUAACCAAAGAGGGUCUGGAAGUUACCUUUGCUACCAAUCAUCUAGGACCAUUCCUUCUCACCAACCUUCUGAUAGACUUGAUGAAGUGCUCAGCACCAGCAAGAAUUGUGAAUGUCGCCUCGGUCACCCACUGGAAGGGUGUAGUUAAUGUUUCCCAUUUCCGUGGAGAAAAUCUCACCAACAAAAUGGACUCGGUCUACAACCAUACAAAGUUACACAACGUCAUCUGCACAAAUGAGCUUGCACGUAGGCUGCAGGGGACAGGAGUCACAGCAAACUCUGUUCACCCUGGUGUUGUUAUGACGGAGGUGAUGAGACACUACAGUUUAUUUGUUCGAUUCCUCUUCAACCUUAUUGGAAUGUUUUUUUUUAAGUCUGCAGAGGAGGGUGCAGUGAGCCCCAUCUACUGUGCCAUAGCCGAGGAAACAGAGGGGAUAACUGGGAAGUAUUUUGACAGUGACUGCUCCCUGGUUCUUCCUGCCCCUUUGGCCCGUGAUGCUGCCCUGGCAACCAAGGACUUUGAGAUAUGUGAGCAGCUGACAUCAAAGCUUUGAAACAGCUGUCUAGCACAUGGAGGAGUGAUACCUGAAAAGCGAUUAAAUUCCAUGCUAUACAAUAAAUACCUUGGAAGACAUUUGAUGAAAAUUAAGUGCAAGUAAUAUCAAUUGGUACGUUGCUUUUAUAAAAGGUGACGCUAAAAUGUGACAGGUUACAAUUUUGAGUGUAAUUUUUGAAAAUAAUUUGUCGUAUAAGAAACUAAAAGUAGCUUUGACAUGAUUUCUGUAAAGGAAAAUAGCAAGACAUUUCACAAAUAUAAUGUGCCUUAGAACAUAUUUUAAGUAAAAAUAGCAUGUGCCAUAUAUUGGUUGUGUAACCAUAACAUGUUAGAUAUCUAAGAGAAUACCUUAAGUUGUUAAAAUGAAUAACUUUAUGCUAAAGUUCUGGUUGUUGAGAAAAAGGACUUUGCCCAUUUUCAUUAUUCUAUUGAGCCACUUAGGGGACAUGUGGGGGAGAAUAAAAACUAUAAUAGUUUUUUAUUCUCUCACAAAACUUAAUUCUCAGGAAGUAGCUUUUCAUUUCCAGAUCAUUUUUCCAAACAAUAGUGCUAGAAAGCAUAACGGUUGUAAACACAGUAAUUAGUUGUGUUGUGAAUAAGAUUAUCAUCAUUUGUAGCAAAGCUAAAUUAUGGUUUUCUGUAUUACCUUCACUAGAGCAAUUAAUAUCAUUUUUUAACUUCCUUCAAUUCCACCACCUAUUCCCCCCGGAUCCCCCCACAGCUGUACAGGCACCCUACACGUACAAGUCUCUAGUUGUAAUGGUGAGACAGAAUACCCCUUUCAGCUCCCCACCCAGGAGCAUCAUCAAUUUCACACCUGUGAGUCGGAGGCAACACUGGGAUUCAGACUAAGAACCUCGGUUUUGAGACACUACAGCAUCGCUGUUUAUAAAAACUCUGUAAAUGACAGAGUAGCAAUCAUACUGGCUUGACUGAAGUAAUGCCAAUUAUAUAUACAAAAUUUCUCAUCAAGCAAGCUAAUUGGCAUUAGCUAAUUAACCGUGUUAACAAAAGUUGUCGGUUCAAUUGGAUAAAAAUUGCCCCUCUGUGCUGGUGAAACUUAUCAGGGAAAACAUCCUGCUAAUGUCUUUGGUAAUGGCAAUUGUCAAAACUCCCCAUAAAUUAGCCUUAAGGAAUAAUAAACAAGAGCACAGCUGUGAUGCAGUCGCAGGCACAAGGCAGAGUGCUGUAGAUUCAAACUCAUGGUAAGCACAUCCUUGAGUGUAUUAUUAAGUUUCAUUUCAAGUGUCAGUUUCAUUUCUGUUAUAAUUUUCAUUAUUAAUUGAAGCAAGGGGAUAAAAAGAUUACAGUUUGGAAAACUUGACUGAGGGUCCAAUUACAAACUCCAACAUCAAACUUUGGACCUGGCCCAAUGCAUACCUGGGUUUUGUUGUUUGGGUAACACUUUAGUAUGGGGAACAUAAAAAAACUUAAUUACUAGUGAAUUAGUAAUGAUCAUGAUGUCACUUUAGUAUGGGGAACAUAUUCUAAGUAACAAAAACUUAAUUUACAGUAAUUUAACACUAUUAACACUUGUAGUUUUGUGUUUUGUUAUGUAAGAGCAGACCAUAUUCAUUAAGUGUUAGUAAGGGAGAAUAACUCUUCUUGUGGUACUACCACCUUAUAAAGUCCAUACUAAGCAAAGCAUAUUGAGAAGGUACUACUAAUAAGCAAUAAUUCUGAGGUUAUAGAGGGAAAACUCAUAGUUAAUGGCUUACUGGUUGUAUAAUAAGGCCAUGCAGAAUAAGGCAUUAAUGAGUAUGUAAUAAUGACCAAUUAACAGCCAAUAUGUUGCUAAUUUGCAUGCUAAUAAGCACCUAAUUAAUGGUGACUACGUUCCCCAUACUAAAGUGUUACCGUUGUUUGUUUGUUUUUUGACCUGGCCCAACACAUACCGGUACCUGGGUUUCCUGUUAGUGGAUGUUGUAUACAUUUAUUGAACACUACACAAAGUUCAGUUUUUAAAAUGGGAAUCAAGACAGAAUCAAUAUUUGCUGUAACAUCUGGUUGUGUCAUUUUGGUCAUUGUGGUGCUCCUGAAUAUUCAUUAUCUGGUUCAUAAGUGAUUUCAAAAUAUUGCUCAAUCACUUUGCAUAUUCAGCCAUUCUAGCCAUGGCACAUUUUCUCUUUUGUUAUUUUGAAAAUGUUAUCUUGACAUGACCAAAGCUAAGAAUAUUUCACAGAAAAUAAAUACACACCAAAAGUUAACUGGCUUUAAGAGAGUCUGUGUGUCUAAUGUUAUUUGCCAAAGAAUGUUUAAUGCUUUAAUCUCAAAACAGUUAUUCCACUUGUGGAUGACAGACUAUAAAUUAUAGGAGAGAUUAAAUUUAAGUCAAUCAAAUAAGCAUAAAUAUAUGUAAAAACUUGUAUAUGUCUGGCUCAUGAGACUACAUUCUUCAUAUAUUUUAUAAUUCCUUUAUAAUUCUGUUAUCCUCUUUCAAUGUUGUACUCUGUAAAUUGUGUACAACAUCCAUUGCAUGUUGUCCAUCUUGGGAGAGAGAGCUCUCCUCUGUUACUCGAGGUUUCUCCCUAUUUUUUUCUCCCUGUUAAAGGGUUAUUUCAGGGAGUUGUUCCUUAUCUGAUGCAAGGGUCUAAGGACAGGAUGUUGUGUUGCUGUAAAGACCCUUGAGGCAAAUUUGUAAUUUGUGAUAUUGGGCUAUACAAGUAAAAUUUAUUGACUUGACUAGACUUGACUUGACUACAUGUCAUUACAUGCUUACAACGCACAGAGGAGGAUAUAGUUGAAGACAUUUUGAGACUCCACUGAAGUCCAGGAGUGAUGGUUUUUCUCUUCUGGCUUGUGUCUCUACCCCAAACCUGUUCACCCUCAUAACACUGCAGUUUUCCAACAGUAGAUCAACAACCUGAUUACAGUGCAGGCUGUAGUACUGAAGAAUAUCAGUCAAUUACUGAGUGAGGGUUGAGGCAUCUGCAGUAUUGACUUUUCUUGAGGCCAGGAGCUGGGUUAAAACUUUCCCCAUGUCCUCAUCAAAGUAGCAAACAAGAACAUUUAGGCUUUUGUCUAUG